UAGGAAAAAUCAAACUCUUUUCAAUUAAGUUGUGGGAGUAUGAAAUCCCCAUCAGCUGUUUCCGACCUCGGUAAAUCUUGUCCACAACUUUCCCUGUAUACACACAUCACACAUCCGCAAGUACACUAUAAAACCAGUAGGCACACCACACGUUAACAUAAGUUUACAUCCACUCCAGUACCUCUAACCCAGCGUCAGUACGUAAAGUUCUCUCAACCAUGUUUAGCACUCUCGCCCGACAUUUACCGAGAUCUACAUCAGCCAUACGCAAUGGAGGCCUCACAAAAUGCAUCAAGAUUAAAAGACCAAUCUCGUACAAAAUACGACAAAUGCAAAACAAGGAUUUGCCAGCGGUCAACAGAAUUCUAGAGAGUGAGAAAUGGGUAAUGGAGAAGGCCUACACGGAAUGUGCCUUUAAAACUGAUCCAACGGGAUUCUUUGUCGCGGAGAAAGACGACGGGGAAAUUAUAGGAUCACACGGAUAUCUCUCUCACACCAAAGACAUGGCUACGAUGGGCUUAUGGAUGGUGAAAAAGGAAUACAGAAAUUCCAAUGUUGGAUUGCAGUUAUACGGAAAAAUUCAUCAGGCUGUAGGGAACAGUAACCUUGGGACAUUCGUUUGGCCAUAUUAUGAAGAGAAGAUCAAGGAGGAACAUGGAGUCAAACCCAACAAAGCAUACAUGACUUGGUACAACUACGGACACAUAGAUCAACGGACGUGUAAGAACAAGGUAAAAGAGGAUUUCACAGUGGUAUCUUUAGCACAGGCUAGUCUAUCUGACCUUCUCAGGUAUGAUACCGACAUACACAAACUGGCUAGAGAGGACUACAUGAAGAACUGGAUAGAACAUGACAAGUCUAAGACAUAUGUAGCAAUGCGCGAGGGAAAGGUGUGUGGAUAUGGAGUAUUGAGGUCUCAGGACUCCUACAACCAGAUAGCUCCUCUAUAUGCAGAUGACAAAAGCGUGGCGAAGGGGUUGUUUCGUUAUCUUGCAAGAGAAGUUCCCGCAGGUGAAAAGGUAGGAUUUUCUAGUCCUUUUGAGAAUUCCUCAGCUACAGAAUUCGCGGCUAUAAAUAAAAUGAUGAAACCAGGAAUUCCCCUCGUCAUGGUGUACAAGGGUGAGCCAGUCGAUGUGGAUACGGACAAAGUAUUUGCUGUAUCAUCGAACUCGUUUGGAACAUGUUAGACGACAGACCAAAUAACAUGCCGGUGAUGUUACAUAAAUAGCAGAAUUUUGUUUGUUGACGAUGAACACUCAAUCUUAAUUUAUAAAUGUAUUCCUCUUCGUGCUGUGAUACGGUCAUCAAAAAGGUUGUGAAUCAAAUUUCAGUUUGAAUUGAUAUUACCUCAUAUUUAUUUAUUUAUUUGAAAAUAAACCAUUUCUAUUGAUA